GUGCAACAAGCAUGAUGACAUCGUUCCCCCACACUCCCACCAGACCUGAUUGUCCUUCAAGUUGGACGCUGCUGAUCGAGGAUCGUUAUAUUGUCACUUUGUAUAGCUGAAGCCUAGUAUAACCUCACAAAAUGCCCCCUACUCGUCGUCGCGGAGGCAAUACUGCCGCUACCUCUUCUAACCAGGCGACCCUGUCGUUCGGCUCCAAGUCCAGAGUUACGAAGCCGUCAGCGGCACCAUCGACACGGUCCCAAAAAGCCAAAGAUCUCGACUCAAUCGAUGCCGCUCUAUCAAAGGAACCGUCGGUCGAUGAUGUAUCUGAACCAGAACAAGUUCUUGUCACACCCACAGAGCCUUCGCAGCCGCAUGUGGCAGAGCUUGUCGUGAGGAAGCAGGCUCGGGAGGAAAUCCAACAACCGCUGUCGUCGGAGGAUGAAAGAGCGGGGAAGAUCACUGAACGGCAGUUGCAGCAAUAUUGGAAGAAAGAAGAAGCAAAACGACGGGGGCCUCGAGUUCACCAAGAGGACCUCACACUACGAGAAAAGAUAUUGCGGCACUUUGACCUCUCCAGCCAAUACGGGCCAUGCAUUGGAAUUGCUCGACUAAAGCGGUGGAGACGUGCACAUAUGCUUGGCCUCAAUCCUCCAAUUGAAGUGCUCGCAGUCCUCCUGAAGCAAGACGACGAUGUCAAGCAGAGAGCCUAUAUUGAUGAACUGAUGUCUUGAGCAUGACCACGAAGUGACACUGCACUAUCUGGUCUAUUCGAUGAAGGUUGAUGGGGGUGGGAGUAUGGUUAUAAUUUUGGACCGGCGUUUCUGGAGAACUCUACGCAUAUCGUUUGGAUAAUUAUGACUUGAAUGACCUACAAUGCACUGGUUUCUAUGCCUUCUU